GUUCUUUGAAAAUGAAAAUGUUGUCUAUAAAUGGCUGGAAAUCUUUAUCAUUGUGAUACAUAGUCACAGCGAAGAGAAAAUGUUUCCUGACAUGCACUUCUAACUGAGCACCCAGACAAUCAAUUGUGAAAUAUGGCAGCCAUACACUCCUACUCCAACCCUUCAAAGGGUACAACACGACGUACUGCUUCUUCACAUAUCCCUGUACCCGUGAGCAAAGUCAAGCAAGAACAGUUAAGACGGAAUCUUAGUGCCCCAGAGCCAUCCCGACUUCUUAUGAUGCGGAAUAGAUACCAAGAUCAGCUGCUUCGCGAAAAAGAGGCAAAAAUCACCAAAAUGUAUCAACAGAACCAGGAGAUAGCCCUAGAGCGGGUAAGCGGAUCGGGCAACAAGCGCGGUAUUGUCAGGGACUUCUUCAAGGAACGUCGGGAGAUAGAGCAGACAGACUCUGAUCACGCUUUGGACAGAACUCAACAUUUCCAACAGAAGAAGCGUCAGAGCAAAGGUGAACACACGUGGAGAGCAGAGGAAGAGAAAGAGAGACAGUUACAUGAGAUGAGACGAGCUAACAGUGAAAGACAGCUGUCUCAGAAGAAGAUGGAUGGGUAUAGUCGAUCCAAACCCCUUGCACCAAUCGGAAAGGGCCAAUCACAAAGCUUGAAAGACAUGCACAGGACAUCGAACCAAGAUGGGUUCUAUAAUAAUAAUGGCAUUUACAAUAAAGCAGAUUUCAGUCCUCAAGGACAUCAGCCCCAUCCUCCUGUUGGUGGACAAGCGUCAAACAAUCUGAAAGCAAAACCUCCAAAGGGCAACAAAAUUUCAAAGGCCAACGCGAAAAUAAAAUGGCAGGCCCCAUCUUCAUUCUCAGGUGAUGAAGAUGAGGAUGAAAUACCUAUCCCUGCUAAGAAAUCAUCACCCCUAAAGCAGAGGAAUAAAACCAGGCCUCAAGUCAAACCUGAAUGGGCACCUCCAGAAGAGGUUACAUACCCUGAUGGGGAAGGAGAUACAGCGCCCAACCCAACAAAUCAAAGAAAACAACCGGUUAAACCCAAACAGGCAAAACCCAAAGCCAAGCCUAAACCAGAGUGGAAGCCUCCAGUUUCCUACUCAUCAGAUGAUGAAAACGAACUAAAUCAGACUUCAAGCCCAAACUUUCCCCAAACUGCACAAAUCAAAAGAAAACCAAAUAAUCAACAAAAGAGACCCCAAAAGGCGACAGACUUUCAAAAAUGGCAACUCGAACAAGAUCUUGAGCGCGUCAACAGGUUAGAAAAAUACCAACAGGGUAUGGAGAGUCAGAGAGAACCUGAGGUGGACUAUCAAUAUGAAUCUGACAUGAAAGAACAAAAGUCCAGACAAAAACAACGUCAGAAGGAGCUUGACGACAUGGAAGAACAGAACAGAUACAUGAGAGAACUUGAGGAAAAAAUUUCCAAAAAGCAAAGUGAGCUAUCAAAAUAUGAUAAUAAAUCAGACAUUGAGAACUCCCCACGACGACAACCCAAGCUCAAAUCGAAGAAAAGCGAUAAACAACAUCUCCCAAGGCAUGACUCUUACUCACGGAACCAGUCAGAGUUUUCAGAUGGCAGCACACCUUAUGAUGACAUGAGCUCAGUAACGCCAAGUGAGCCUGUCAUUACGAAACCAGUUAAGGUAAAACCAAAGGAAAAGCCUAAACCAAAACGAAGAAAGCCAGAGCCACAACCAGUUCCCACGCCUGAGUAUAAUGACGAGCCGACAACUAAGCGUUCAGGAGUUGAUUUCUAUUUAGAAGUGGCUGAAACGUCAGAAGAUGCCAGGGCAGACUUGAAUCUCCGAGAAUGUCCUAUUUGCGGGAGAAACUUCAACGCAGACAGACUUGCCAAACAUGCCAAGGUUUGCAAAAAGACCGCUACGAAGAAACCUAGGAAGGUUUUUGAUACAAGAAAGCAUCGAGCUGAAGGAACAGAUCUUGAUAAUUAUCAACCUUCAGAAAAGGAAAGAAACUACAAACCGAAGAAGAAGAGCAACUGGAGGGAGUCACAUAAUCAGCUAGUCCAGGCAGUACAAGACGCUCGUAAAGUACAGAACCACCUUGCCAAAGGGGGUGAUCUCCGCGAUCUCCCGCCCCCUCGCGCAGCUGUGAACUCCGAUUAUACGCAGUGCCCUCAUUGUCAGCGAAGGUUUGAUCCAACCGUGGCUGAGCGUCAUAUUCCUAAGUGUAAAGAAACCAAACAUCGACCUGCACCAUUGAAAAAGGCCGGCAGGAGAUGAGAUUGUGGAAUAAUCUCUCCUGAAUCCCAUUUAUUCUGCCAAAGAGGUCAGUAAUUUGUUAAAAAAUGGUGGGUUUGUGAUUUGCCUGUUGGGUUUGUCCCUUAUUUAAAUGAACCAAAAAUAUUUGAUGUUAAGUUAUUGCAUGCCUGCUAGUUGAAACCAAAUUUCUAUGUUUAUAGAAAUGUGGACAAUUUACAGUGCUACAUGUAGGUCUAUCUAUUUAUUAAAUUUGUCUGGCUAGAAAUAGCAGUGUAGAAGGAAAACAAUGCCAGAAGAUACACGCAUAGAACGCAUAGAAAUAAGGCCUUUAUAGAGAGCUAUUGACAUAAGGUGUUUUUUAAAAGCACACUGAGAGACUAUUAUUACAAUUAUUAAAUGCAUGCAUGCAUAAUCAAAAGCGUUUUCUUGUAUACACCUUCUUGCAUGGCUCUUAUCCAGUGACUGUUUCUUUUCUAUUCACGUUCAUAGUGACCAAAAUUGAUGUCAGUGCGUCAGUAGUUCCUGAAAGAAUUAUUACUCAGUGCCAUGUACAAGUACAUGAUUGAUUGUAUGACUUGCCGCUAAAAAACUAACCUGCAAAAAUAAUAAAUUGUUAUUCCUAUGUUACAAGUAAAAGAAAUGAAAACCACAUUGAAACAAACUGCAGAGUGUAAAACAAUUUUAUUUGAAGCACUAAGUAAGAA